UAUACCUAGUCUCGCUGCCUUGUUUUCCCAUUUCUCACUCAUUUCCAUUAUUAUCCAGACGAAUUGAUUUUAAUAUAUUUCAUGGCAAUGAAGCAAAAAUUCCACAUAGCCAUUCUCCCAAGUCCCGGGAUUAGCCACCUAAUCCCAUUCGUCGAGUUCGCCAAACGUCUUCUUCUACAAAACAACAACUUCCACGUCACUUGCAUAAUACCCAACAAUGGCCCUCCAUCCAAGGCCACAAAAGCCAUUGUUGAGUCCCUUCCAACCUCCAUCGACUCCAUUUUUCUUCCUCCAGUCAGCUUUAACGACUUUCCCAAUGGUAUCGUACCUAUACUUCAGAUUAUCCUCACUAUGUCUCGCUCGCUUCCAUCUCUUCGACAUGUUUUGGAGUCUUUGGUGUCCAAAGCCCACUUGUCUGCUUUCCUCACCGAUUUGUUUGGAACUGAUACAUUAGAUGUUGCUAAGGAAUUCAAUAUCCCUGCCUUCAUUUUCUUUCCUUCACCGGCUACGGUUUUGUCCUUGUUUUUGAUGGCUCCAAAGCUGGACGUGACAGUUCCCUGCGAGUUUAGAGAUCUGCCGGGACCGAUGGAGAUUCCCGGAGCCAUACCCAUCCGUGGUAAAGAUCUUCCCGAACCUUUUCAAAACAGGAAAAGCGAAAUUUAUAAAUGCUUUCUAAACCUCGCGAAACGGCUCACUGAAGUGGAGGGUAUUAUGGUAAAUACAUUCACGGACAUGGAGUUUGGAGCUAUAAAAGCUAUGCAACAUCAAAAAGGAGAACCAAAUUGUAUUAUUAGUCCGCCGGUUUAUCCAAUUGGACCGAUUAUUCAAACCGGUUCAAGUAGUGAUGACCAUGGGUCAGAAUGUUCAACCUGGUUAGACAAUCAGCCAUGUGGCUCGGUCCUAUAUGUCUCGUUCGGAAGCGGUGGGACCCUCUCUACUGAACAGCUGAAGGAGCUGGCUUUGGGUUUGGAAAUGAGUGGACAAAAGUUCUUGUGGGUUGUCAGAAGAUCGAACGAGCUUCCCAGUGCUGCUUAUCUUAAUAGUCAACUAAGUCAAGGCGAUUUUGACCCUUCUGAGGUUUUACCAAAUGGGUUUUUGGGGAGGACUAAGGGACAGGGACUUGUGGUUGCAUCAUGGGCACCACAAAUUGAAAUCCUUAGGCAUGGCUCAACCGGUGGGUUCCUAACCCACUGUGGUUGGAACUCCACGCUUGAAGGUGUCAUGUUUGGUAAACCGCUAAUUGCUUGGCCACUCUUUGCCGAGCAAGAAAUGAAUGCAGUAAUGCUGGUGGAGGUUCUGAAAGUGGCAUUGAGACCAAAAGCUAGUGAAAGUGGGUUAAUUGGACGCGAGGAAAUUGUCAAAGUUGUUAAGGGUCUAAUUGAAGGGGAAGAGGGGAAGAGGCUUGGACAACGUAUGAAUGACUUGAAAGAUGCAGCCAACAGGGCACUGAGCAAAGAUGGAUCAUCCACGAGGGCACUCUCUGAAUUAGCAUCCAAGUGGCAAAAUCUGGAAGCUAGCAAGUAAUGCUGUAACCGGUGUCAUUUUUAAUAUUUUGUUUUGUUUUCUUUGUCCUUUCAUAUUUUGUUUCUCUUUCUCUGUUUCUCGUUUAUAUUAUUUUGUCUAAACGAGAUGUAUUGUUGUAUCAUGGAUUUAAUUUUUGAGUAUGUUGCAUAAUAUUGGUGCUC